AUGCAUUCACCACCUCGAUUCCGUGCGAAACAGUUCUUCGUUGCUGCCAUCACAGAUAACGGCGAGGUCGCCAUCUACCUCAAGCCGCAGCGUGCCUUUGGCCAAGAUAGAAUUCGUCAAUUUUUUGAUACAAAUCGGUUUCAAGAAACGAUGAGAGAUGUGGGAAAGGACCAAGAGGCAGAGAACCGGCAAAAAGCGGAGAAAGACACGGCUCCAAACGGAAGUAUCAACAAUGAUACCAAGCGGAGUCUUCCCAAGCUGGACCUGCCCGAUACCAAAAAUACGACCCGGCGGAAGAGCCUGCCCCCUCCCGACGAUGGCAACGCGCCGCAGCCGCCCAGCAAGCGCCCAAAGACGUGCAAUACAAGUGAUGCGGGCGAAAUAGGUGAAUCAGGCGAGGCAUGCAAAACUGGCGAGGAGGACGAGAGCGCCUCAUGGCUCAUGACGCCCCCUCCCCAAAAUGGGGGCAAGAUCAUCGACUCACCAUCCCUUUACUCCUUUUAUAAGAAGCAAUUCGACUCUUGCCAGCAGGUGGCCUGCAAGCUAAUCGCCAAGGCGUGGGUUAAAGUGAUCGAGCCUCGAAAACAAUCGACGUAUCCUUAUACCGGAAACGAAGACACCGCCCCCGAGUGGUGGCCAACGCAGGGCAAAGUGAAAGUGCGACACAAAGAGCCUGACCACUUGAGCAAACAUGAACGAAUCCAUCUCCUCAUCCAUAUUUUAAGACUUGCCACCAUGUCGUACAAGAGCAAAACGACAAAGCUUAGCAAUCUAAAUUUGCGGAAACUAGGGGAGACGACACAGCAAACGAUGGCGGCAUUUUUUGCCCAGUCCACGGCGAAUGCAAGCAAGCAGCGCUACUUGCAGAACAUCUUCGCCGUCGCUCAACAGGAGGAACGUUACAAUAACGGCGAGAUAGAAAAAUUAUCCGACAUCGACGCUUUGGUGCAGGCAUCAUCACACCAUGCUGGCCACUUUUCACACGAGGAGUUGGGUUCAUCUCCUCCGGAUGACAAUGGCACGUACUCAGGUUCUUCGUCUCGUGAAACGGCGCCCUCAAGCCAGCUCGAUUCUUCGGCUGAACCCACACCGGCCACAUUUUCCUUUCCGGACGAGAUUGUCUCCAUGAUGGACAGGCUUCCGACUGAGGCAGGCCCGUUUCAUCCACCCGGGAGGGAGAGCAUCUCAUAUUACCCGCCAGUUUCUUCAAGCUCGCUGGAUAUCCCAGCCUGGGCAUCGUCGGAAAAUGAUCGUAGGCGAUCGUCCGCCGUCAGUAUGUCUCCUUGGCCGCCCUCGACGGGUUACGGCACAGAACCCCUUGUUUCUCCCGGCUGCGCCUGGCAGCCGGUUCCCCUCCACCAUGAUUCCUUGUUCAUGGGAGCGACGGGUGCAGGGCACGCUCCUUGCUCCGAGCAAGCCACGGGUGCCGGUGGGGGGGCUGGAAGCAGCAGGCCCAGCAGCAGAGGAGCCACGAACGAUUGUCAAAUAGAUAACUGGUGGAAUAUCGGCCCCGUUCCUGAGAUAGAUAGGCCUGUUUACUACAGCGGCACGACACUUGGGUGA